AUGUCUUCUGCCUCUCCCACCACCACGCUCCCCGGCGUGGUGGCGGCGAUCAAGCAAGAAAACGUGCUGGAAAUGCUCUCCGGCGGCGCGUCGGAGAAGGAGGAGGAAGCCGCCGCCGCCUGCGCCGCGGAUCAGGUCCUGCUCCACGCGGAACUUCUGGUUAGGAGCCACCACCACGCCGCCGCCGCCGCCGCUUCGUCUCCCUUGUCUUCGGCGUCCUCCUCCUCCUCCUCUUCCUCGCCGCCGUCGGCGUCCUCCUCGCCCCAGGCGCUGCUCGCCUUCUCGCCGGACCACGUCGCGUGCGUGUGCGAGGCGCUGCAGCAAGGCGGGAACCUGGACCGCCUGGCCCGGUUCUUGUGGUCGCUGCCCCAGAGCGACCUGCUACGUGGCAACGAGAGCCUGCUGAAAGCCCGCGCGCUGGUGGCCUUCCACCAGGGGCUCUACGGCGAGCUCUACGGCAUCCUGGAGAGCCACAGCUUCGCCGCCGCCAACCACCCGCUGCUGCAGGAGCUGUGGUACAAGGCGCGCUACACCGAGGCGGAGCGGGCCCGCGGGCGGCCGCUGGGCGCCGUCGACAAGUACCGGCUGCGCAGGAAGUUCCCGCUGCCGCGCACCAUCUGGGACGGCGAGGAGACGGUGUACUGCUUCAAGGAGAAGUCGCGCAACGCCCUCAAGGAGCUCUACAAGCAGAACCGCUACCCGUCGCCCGCCGAGAAGCGCAACCUGGCCAAGAUCACCGGCCUCUCGCUCACGCAGGUCAGCAACUGGUUCAAGAACCGGCGGCAGCGGGAUCGCAACCCCUCCGAGCCGCAGUCCAAAAGCGAGUCAGAUGGCAACCCCAGCACGGAAGACGAGUCCAGCAAGGGUCAAGAGGACUUAUCUCCGCACCCCCUUGCUGGUACCUCGGAUGGAGGUACCUCCUUGAGCCUUCCUAGCCACAUGGAGACAGUCUACAUGCAGCAGCUGGGAAACUCCAAAAUCUCUUUAGGCUCUCCGGGCGUUUUGUUGAAUGGAAACUUAGUGCCUGCCAAUCAAUCUCCAGUCUUUCUUAAUGGUACCUCUUUCAUCCAGGGUCCCAAUGGUGUCCUCCUCAACGGGCUCCACGUGGGGGCCUCACAAGCCGCCUCGUCAAACCCGCCCAAAACAUCUCCAAGUGCUUUGAGCAAUGGGGUGUCCAUGACCGACAUCUUGGCCUCUUCUUCGGAAGAUGUGAAAGACUUCAAAAUCCUCCAGGCAUCCAUGUCCAACUCUGUAGCGACAACGACAACAACGUACAGCCCCAGUUCUGUACCUGGCUCUUUCCCAGGUUUGAUACCGAGCAUGGAGGUGAAGACGGAAGAAAGCGAAGAAGCAAUAGCGUCACAAGAUGGCAGCUCUGUGGUUACUUUUACGACUCCCGUCCAAAUAAACCAAUAUGGCAUUGUCCAGAUCCCGAAUUCAGCAACCAGCAGUCAGUUACUUAAUGGAGGCAUUAGUUUUUCGCCGGUGCAACUGCCUCCUGUUUCGGCAGCAACUUCCCAAGGCAAUAUUUCAAUAAAUCAAAGCACACCAGGCGGCGGCACGUUUACAAGUGACUCUGCAGCAGCACAACAGGGGAAAGUGUUUUUCAGCUCUCUGGCUCCUGUGGUGUACACAGUCCCAAAUUCAAGCCAAGUGAUCGGACCAGUUAAACAAGAAGGGCUAGAAACCAGCUUGGUGUUUUCCCAAGUCAUGCCCCUGGGUCAAAACACCCAACUUCAUGCAAAUCUACCUUCAGACAACCUAGUUGGAGGGGGCCGCCAGCAAGGCUCCUCCCCCUUAGUCAACGUGACUCUGGCACAUAACUUCUCCCUCGGGCCACCCACCCUUUUAAAUGCAGAUGAACUUGGUUCGGCCGUGUCCGAGAGCCCCCCAAUGUCGGCUCCCGUGACGAGCGAGGCCACCAUUGUCUCCGUCAGCAACGCAAACUAUGCAACACUUCAGAACUGCUCCCUCCUCACCGGCCACGACCUCAUGUCCCUGUCAGCAACGCAGCCGCCGCUUGGUGGGAUCGGCCCGGCCACUAGCAACCACGUCGAGUCCCACCCGGCGGUGCAAGUCCACCCCCAUUUCGCUCAAGAGCAGCGGUUAAUCCUGCACUCCGUCCCCAGCCUGAAGGAAAACUUCUUCUCCGAUCCUGAGAGCAAAUCGGCCGGCAACUUGAUGGUGCUAGAUUCGAAAACCAAAUACGUGAUGAGCAAUAUGGUUGAUGCCAUUUGUGAAGAGCUGGGGACAGAUAAAAAACAGCUGGCCAAACUCCAGACGGUACAGAUGGAUGAAGAUAUGCAAGACUUGUAAAAUUCUAAUAAUAAUAAUAAUAAUAAUGAUAAUGAUAAAAGUUUUUGGUUCACAUUUCAGUAGAGAUGUCUCUUCCCCACAAGGCCCUAUAAGCACAGAGUGGAGUUUUUUUCUCUUCUAAUCAAAAUAUGCAUACAAUACAGCAACAGCAACGAAAAAGCACAUGUGAAGGGUCCACUUUAAAUACGUGGAAGUCUCCACUAGGAAUGCAAGGUUGCCAUGCAUUGUUUGGAUGGAGUCUAGCCUUCGUUAAACCUGGUUUAAAUGAACCAUGAUAGGGGUGGGGAGAAAUGCAAGUCGCGUACGGGAUGGAUUGGCUUACUAAUAUUAUCCAAAUAGUUUCGUUAGACAUGCAACACUUUUCAGAAAGUAUAUCAUCCAAACAUUAG